AUGUAUGAUAUUACCUCCCUCGCCGACGGUAUUCGCGCAACUAUCUGUGGAGCCAUUGUAUUCCUCGCUGGUAGAUUUCCUGUUGCACCUAUCUUACCAGGGCCUAAUGUUGCCAUGGCUGGAGACCCUUUGACAAGCGAGCUGACCUCGCCUGAGGAUGGUGCUUCUUUGUGGGGUUGGCUGACUUUUUCGUUCAUGGGUCCACUUUUUGCGCUUGCAAACGAACGUUCCGUGCGGUCAUCGGAGAAUGGAAAAUUCAGUCUGAAUGACGAAGACGUGUGGGCGUUGAGCCCUACGUUUGCACAUCGUAAUGUUUUCAGGCGAUACUUAAGAGAGAUUAAGGAGAAGGGCCAAAAGUUCUCAUUGUUGUGGUUCCUUUUAAGAGCAAAUUCACUUGAUCUAAUUAUUGACAUAACAUUAGAGUUAUAUUCAGCAAUUGCAGGUUUCAUUCCUCCGUAUGCCUUGCAGAGAAUUCUCCGUGCUCUUGAGCAACAUCAGAAUGGAAGCACUCCACGAGAUGCAUACAUUUGGGGAUUGAUCACGUUUAUUGCACAUAUGAGCUUCGCCCAAGUUGACGUUAUACACCGUUGGCAUACCCGUAGAUGCUAUGAGCGCACUCGCGGGACACUGUUUUGCGCCCUGCAUUACAAAGCAUUGAAACGCCGAGACUUGAGUGGUGCAGCACAUACAGACAAGCAAGAUGAGAAGGACACCUCGAGUGCUGACAUUGGGCGGAUCGUCAAUUUGAUGCAAGGUGAUGCAUACGCAGUAGCACAGCGUUUUUGGGAGUUUUCAGCGGUUUUCUCUGCGCCAGUUCGACUUGGGAUCGCUCUUUACUUCUUGUAUCAGGUUUUAGGAUGGAGUUCCCUUGCGGGGGUAUUGGUCGUUCUUCUCGCGUAUGCGAUCAACUAUCCUUUAGCACGCUGGAACAUUUCAAUAACACGACAAUCAUGGAAAGCUCGAGACCGUCGAAUGUCGGCAGUUAGUGAAUUACUAACAUCCCUGCGUUUCCUUAAAUAUAUGGGUUGGGAAUCUCGCUGGUUGACUCAAGUUAAAAAUGCGCGUGCGGUGGAGCUUGCCUGGCGGGUACAAGAAAACAUUUGUAGCGUCUUGAUUGCGUUUAUCUGGACUUGGGUACCUUCAGCUGUGGUCCUGGUUGCUUUCACGAGCUACACGCUUCUUGCAAAGGAAUCACUGACCGUCAGUCGAGCAUUCACAGCUAUCGAAGUUUUCAGCCAACUUCAAGGUCCGAUGUCUCAAUUACCACAACAAAUAUUUGCUCUUUUACAUGCGUACGUUUCCAUGCAGCGUAUCCAAACCUUUUUGGACGAAACUGAGGUUGAAGAUUGGGCGUCCUCUAUCAAGCGCCCCGAGGAGGAACUUGAUAUCGAGGUAUUCUCGAAUAAAAUGGGAUUCCAGGAAGGGAAUUUUGUAUGGCACUUGAACUCAUCAGAAACACAAGAUCCCAAGAGCCACACCAACUUCAAGCUGACGGACGUUACUGUCGAAUUCCCCCUUGGCCGACUGACGUUAAUUACUGGAGCAACAGGUUCUGGAAAGUCAUCGCUAUUAGCCGCACUCUUGGGAGAAAUGACAUGCGCUGGGGGACAAGUCUAUCUUGACAAACGCCGCCAUGCCGUAUCUUAUGCCGGUCAACAUCCAUGGCUUGAGCAUGCUACGAUCCGGGAAAACAUAUUGUAUGGCUUGCCUUACAAUCAAUCUCGUUAUGAAGCUGUCUUGGAUGCUUGCGCAUUACGACCAGACCUCAAGAUAUUCCCGGCCGGCGAUCAAACAGAAAUUGGAGAAAAGGGGGUAUCACUAAGCGGAGGCCAAAGGGCGCGGUGUGCUCUUGCGAGGGCGGUGUAUUCUUAUUCCAAGACUGUGCUCCUGGAUGAUCCCCUCGCGGCUGUCGACAUGCACACCGCAAGGCAUCUAGUUGAUAAAUGUCUGGCCGGAUCGCUCAUGCAAGGCAGAACAAUUAUUCUUGUUACUCACCAUGUUCGAAUGUGUCUCGACGUAGCAUUCUAUCUGGUCGAGCUCAGUAAUGGGCGGAUCGCACGCCAGGGUACCAUCUCUGACCUGCGUGGGAAAGGACAGCUUUCGGCAAUCCUCCAAACCCAACCUGAAGAUGACACGGCAGAAGCUGAAUCAGAAAUUACAGCUGUACCAAGCGAAGCUCCUCUGAUUAACGAGGCUGAUGUGGGUGCUAUGGGCGCUACCGAUACUCCUAUGGCCACAGAAGAGACCAUCCUACAACAUAACAGCAACAUAGGUAAACUAGUAGACGAGGAAGCCCGAGCCGAGGGUAGGGUCUCCCUGAGGACAUAUUGGACAUAUAUUAAGGCCGCAUCAGUUUGGUCCUGGGUUGCAUCAUUGUUGCUUUUGCUUGCGGUCCGAGGAAUUACGAUAGGGUCACAGCUGUUUCUCGCCAAGUGGUCAGAAGCAUAUGGACGUGAACCGAACAUUCUUUCUGUCCUUGUUUUUGCUCGGAAUGUGUCAACCGGUUUCUGGUCUUGGCUUGACAAACUACCCCCUCCUAUGGUAAACUCGGUCCCAUGGCUGCUGAUUUACCUCAGCAUAUCGCUAACCGGCGCAUUUACUGUACUCUCCUAUCUGGCAAUUGGAUAUUGGUCGAGUCUCCUGGCCUCGCGAUCACUUUUCACCUCAAUGCUGGAUCGUGUGGUUCGGGCACCAAGCCGCUGGCUCGACGUUACUCCCGUAGGUCGCAUUCUUAAUCGUUUCGUAUCGGACAUUGGGGCCGUCGACUCAGCUCUCAAUCCCUCGGCCCGGGCUGCCUUGUCCGGAACCAUCAACUUUAUCGCCAGCUUCCUAGUCAUUGUAUUAUUCGUGCCUUCGUUCCUUCCCUUCGCCCUAGUCAUUGCUUGGCUGUAUAUUCGCAUCGCGCCUCCUUUCGUUCGUGCGUCACGCGACCUUCGCCGGUUGGAGAGCAUUAGCCUAUCACCGGCCUUCAGUGGCUUUGAUGAGCUGCUUCAUGGGCUAAUACAUGUACGCGCGUUUGGUGCAGAAGCAAGAUACCAGGAAGCCUUCUACAAAAAAGUUGAUAGGUUCCAAAAGUUCGAUCACCAGUAUUGGAAUUGCUCAUUCUGGCUAAUGUGGCGAUAUGACUGUCUCGGAUCGGUUGUAGUAAUGUUGGGGACGCUCUUUGCCUUGCUGAGUGGGGUAGCUGCGGGAACAGCAGCAGUCGUCAUUGUACAGGCUGGUGUUUUUGCUGAAGCAUCGAGGCAGCUUGUCCGGGUGUUCGCUCAAUUGGAGUUGGAUUUCAAUUCAGUGGAGAGGAUAGGGGAGUACCUUAUUCUUCCCCAAGAAGCUCCAGCAAUCAUUGCAAACGCACGUCCCCCCGCACAUUGGCCGUCACGGACAGGGGGCAUUACCGUGGAUCAUCUUGUAAUGCGAUAUGCAGAUGGCCUGCCUGAUGUGCUUCGGGACUUGACCUUUGAGGUUAAACCCAGAGAGAAGGUCGGAGUCGUUGGCCGAACAGGAAGCGGCAAAUCAAGCCUUGCCUUGAGUCUCCUGAGGGCUGUUGAACCCUCUGGGGGUCGCAUAAUCCUUGAUGGAAUUGAUAUCCGCACCAUUGGCCUCGACGAUCUACGUAGUCGUGUCACACUUGUCAGCCAGGACGUAGCCCUAUUUUCUGGGAGCGUUCGCAGCAAUCUAGACCCAUUUAAUGAAUAUACUGACGAAGAAUGCUGGGACGUCCUCGAGCGUUGUCAUUUAGGUCAACGACCUGCGCCCUCAGGGUUCGAAGGAGAACACUCAAGUGGCCGUAUAUUACUGUCAACCCUAGAUGCCCCAGUGAGCGUUGGAGGCAAGGGAUUUUCGGCGGGACAGAGGCAACUUCUUGCACUAGCGAGAGCCAUGCUACGACGGAGCGCUGUGAUCAUUAUGGAUGAGGCAACUUCGAGUAUAGACCUUGAAACCGACGAUCAGAUUCAACGUACUAUCCGAGAAGAGAUGUCGGAUGCACUUGUUAUCACUAUUGCUCAUCGAUUGAAGACUAUCAUAGAUUAUGAUCGAGUGUUGGUCCUUGAUCAUGGACGAGUAGUUGAGUUUGACACUCCAUUGAAACUGAUGGAGAACGAAGGCGGCAUAUUCAGGAGCAUGUGUGAACGAUCUGCCGACUGGGUGGAAUUGAGUCGCACAACCAAGCAACGCGCUACUAUCUAA